GUUUUGGUCUUUCUCCCACCAGGCUCAUCAUGAUGCCUGCACAGCUACGUGUGGCGGUCGUGCAGUUUGCUCCAAAGCUUGGCCAAGUGAAAGCCAAUAUCGCUAAAGCCGGACAAUUAUGCAAGGGAUUAAGACCCAGAUCUGUUGAUCUCGUAUGCUUCCCAGAGAUGAUUUUCUCCGGCUAUGUGUUUCCGGACACAGCUGCUAUCACACCGUACCUUGAACACCCGCAUACAGGACCCACAUCCACAUUCUGUGCGGAGCUAGCACGUUCUCUUGAAUGUUUUGUGGUAGCUGGGUAUCCUGAGAAGCUCGAAGCACAUGAACACGCCCCUCCACUCGGAGGCGACGCCUUAUCGUUUCAUCAGCCCCGCAUCGGUGCAAACAGUGCAGUCAUGUACGGUCCCACAGGGGAGCGUGUUGGGGGAUAUCGCAAGACCAAUCUCUUUAAAGCUGAUCUUCCUUGGGCUGUUUCUGGAACUGGGUUUACGACAAUGACGCUUCCCCAUCCUCUCGGUCCGACCACGCUUGCGAUCUGCAAUGACCUUAAUGUACAAGAUCCAGCCGUGUGGGAGUCGCUUGAGGACGGCCCGUAUGAACUCGCGCAACAUUGUAUAAGAUCGGGCACGCGGCUUUUGAUACUUCUGAAUGCAUGGUUGCAUCCUGACGAAGAAGGAGAAGGAGAAGAAGAAUCAGUAUCUGAUUCUUCUGAUCACACAAUACCGGAACAGAUCGAAGAUGCAGAUGAGAUGGAGCCAAGCUGGAAAGUAAUGAACUACUGGGCGAUGCGUUUGAACCCGUUGUGGGCGACCGUUCGGAACGCGACAAAUGAAAGCGACAAGAAACCAGGCGAACGUAAAUUGCACGACGAAGUACUAGUUGUUAUUUGCAACCGUUUUGGAGAUGAAGGUGGGAAACGAUUUGCGGGAUCGUCUGUUCUCAUGUCCCUUCGCCGAGGGUCCGGCCGGCCGCGAGUCCUGCAUUUGAUGGGUCAAAGGGAAGAAGGUGUCAGUGUCUGGACUGCAAAAAUGGCAGUACAGUAGGAUGGUAAUGAUGUUCGAUAUUGCAUGUCGUCCACGUCCAUACGGGAGAGGUGAAGGAGAUUAUGGAGCCUUUCUUUUACCAAUCUUUCUCCAGCGACUGCAAAUGCUCCUCAACGAUCCUAUCAUCUCGAUUGCUUCCUCUUCGUCCUCAUCAUAAUAAGCCGCGCCAAUCGGCCAAAGACUUUCCCUGCGCUCCAUGAGCUUGACCACGUCCAGUUUCGCCUUUGCUCUCUGUUUAUAACCAGACUCGGUGGCAGACAUUGUGUGCACAGAGUACUCUAUCUCUUUAGCAGUCUCUGCCAGGACAAGAUGUCUAUGCCAGCCAAGAUCGUCAGGACGGGCGCUUCGUGAACACGUUAGGAGUACCUUGCUUCGGUGUUGGAUGGAGCGUUGCUCAAAUUGACCCACAUUCCAUCAUCACUAUCGUUCCAACGGAGGGCUCU